GGAUCCGCCCGCGCUUGCAUUAGAGUCCAUCCGUUCAUUGCGUCACGCACUGUUGGACACUUUUCGCUCCCCUAGUAUCACCAUAGGACGUGGCGUUACGCAGGCCCAGGUCCCCCCCUCGCGCAGCUUUCGACACCGCUUCAUCCUGCGUGGGCCGCACUCAAGACUAGAAGCGCUUUCCCAGCGAGACUUCAUCCUCGACCACUGUCGGAACCUGACGGUCAUGGAGUCCUUGCGGGAGUCACCAAGAGCUGCUGCGGACGGCCAAACCAUGGCGAAGGAAGAAGUCCCGUUGCAGGGACCAAACGAAGAGACGUCGCUGCUGACGCUGCCGGACGACGACCUGCUGAGCGUGCUGGAGUACCUGAGCACGCCAGACCUGCUGUCCUGCCGGGCGGUGUGUCGUCGCUUGCGGGACGUCGCUCUUCGGCCGGAGCUGUGGCGGCGACGCAGCAUUGACAUGGAGUUUGACGCCUCCACCAGAAGCCUGCAGGCCGCCGUCCUGCGCGUGGCGCCGUGUGCCUCCAGCCUGUCCAUGCGGUUUGCAGGCGACAGCCACGCGCUCGGCCCGCUGGCCGCCACGACCAGAUGCGCGGCGGCCGAGCUGAUCCUCCACGUGGACGACGACCCCGCGCGGCUGGCAGCGGCCAAACUCGUGAUCCGCAACCAGGCGGCGCUGGAGGGCUUCAAGGCCAACGAUGCCUUCGCGGACCUGCUGGCGGAGGCCUUCUCUACCCAGGGCCUGACCCGGUUAGUCGUGGAGUUACGCUGGGAGAUGAAGUGGCUCAAGCGGGCUGAGCCCGCGCCGCUGAUCCCGGCGUCCAUCGAGGAGGUGGAACUCGUGAACGUGGACCCUCCCUUCGUGCACCGCGUGCUGCGCUCGCACGCCGCCACGCUGCAGGCCGUGAAGCUGAGGGGGGACUGCCAGGGCGUGGCGCCGCUGCUGGCCGCCAUCCCCGGGCUGCGGCACUUGGAGUGCCCCGUGAUGGAGGACCUGCCGCUGGUGGCGAAGUGCGCGUCGCUGCGCUCCCUCAAGCUGACCGUGAAGCGCUGCAAGGACAGCGCCGUGGAGGCUGCGUCCCAGGCCACCGCGGCGGCCUUCCUGCGCGCCGCCACGCACCUCGAGGAGCUGCAGCUCGAAUACUACGGCCAGAGCUCCGUUCCCGUGGAGCAGGGGCUGCUGACGGCGCUGGCGUCCUCGGGCCGCGCCGCCCUGCGGAAGCUGGUCUUCUACUUCACUGAACUCGACGACCGCCUCGAGAUGGAACUGGCCUCGGCUCUGCCCGGACUGCCCGCCCUGGAGUGGCUCGUCGUGCCCGGGACUGUGCCCCGGCGCGUCCUGGCCGCCAUCAACCCCGGCAGUGCGCCCCGACUUCGCGGCCUUCGUAUUUCCUACUUGAUGGUUAGGGGGUGCGCGCACCCCGCCAUGCACGAGCCAGACGUGGGCCGCAUCCUCGCCAGCUACCGCCACUUCUUCCUGGUCGUCAACGCCCUUUUGUGCGGGCAGAAGCGGCAGUGCGAGCACUGCGCCAAGGGCUGCCACGGCGUGCCAACGCCAACCGGCGAGUUUCAGGUGGGCUUCUACACGCACGAAGCGCCCGGCAAGGAGGCAGUGGAUGGAUUGAGCUGGGGGUUUCCAUGCGAGACGUGGAUGAAAGUGUGAUGCGAUUCUUCUAUGCUCGUGUAUAGCGCACCAGCAUUUCUUAACCUUGAAAUGCCCCCUCUAUCUUCGUGGAGGUCCUCUAUGCUAUGUGUGCUGGAAGCCUGAUCAUGUGAUCCACAGUUUUCAGUCGGCCAACUUGAUUCAGAAAUUUCGGAAUGAAAGGUAUGCGUGGUGUCUCCCGCUGAAUCAUAUACUCCCUGAAAUCGUGUCACUAUUUUAUGUGGGGACAUUACAUGUUCAGUUCAAAUCAAUCUAGAUCAAAAACCAAUUUGUUAGAAUUCAAUGUUUAUUAUGUGGAAAGGACUCUAUUGAAAACAUGUUCCUUAACUGUGUCAACAACAUGUGAAAUAUAGAUUUACUGAUAGUAAAA